AUGGAAAGAAGUGCUAACUAUUACCAGACAUCAUCAUUCAAGAAGGUCAUGCACUCAUGGCUAAGAGUGAAGAUCAUCCAGCCAGCAUGCUUACCUGCCCCAAGGAGUCAUAUUUUGAAUGCUGAAGCUAAAAAAAGCUUUAUAGCAUCUUCUCUGAUAAGUAAUUUAAGAAGCAAAGACUGCAACGUGAGACACAUAGAUGAGUGCAAAGAGACUUUGCUACCUCACAUAAUAUCACCAUCUCACAUUGUUGCAGCAGAACAUCACCACACAGCAUCAUGA